AUGCACGAACAACGAAGAGCCCAAAGGGAAUACAACUGCAAUAUUUGCGGUGAGGUGUUCCGCAAUAUAUUCCCCUUACAAGCCCAUCAACACGAUGUCCUUCAAGUUGGCCGUGGGAAACGUACGAAGACGCCGACCCGGCGAACAAAAAGGCAAAGAACUGAUGAACCAGGUAUGUAUAAAAGAAAAUAUUUCGAUUACUGUCUUUGUAUUUAUACAGAUAUUUUUUCUCUUUUAAGAACUGCCAACAUCUUCGACACGCGUUAACGAAGGUAAGAGAGUAUAUGCUGUGUAAUAAUUUAAGUUAAAAUCACACUAAUACAUUUUUCUCUCUUUUCAGGUGCUUCCACGUCUACAGUCGUCAACGAAGGUAUGAAAUUCAAUUUUUUAUACCGUAUAUAGUAUAUUGAUUGUGGUGAUUUGGUGUGUAUAUUGAUAAUGUUAAUUACUCGGUUUUAAAACAUUGCCAGGAGAAAGACUUUGAAAUCCUAACGUUUACAUUUGAAAAAUAUUUUCAUGUUGUUUCACUGUUUGUGUUUUGAAAACAUGAUAAAAAUAAUCGAGUAAUUUUUAUAGCGUGGGUUUAUCGUGUGGAAUGUUCCUAAUUAUUCAUGUUAGGCUUAUGUUCAUUUGAUUUAGAACUAUUAAUUUAUGUCAUUGUACGAGUAUUUACGCUACAUCAUUUUUGUAACAUUCGCUAGCGUUUUAUAGUGAGGUAAAAGUAAUUUUCAUAGCCUGGGUUUAUCAUGUUGCUAUGUGAAAUUGCAUGUUCCUAAUAUAUUUAUGUUAGACUUAUUUCGAUUUUUUAUGAAUCGGGUGUUUGUAUGACAAAAUUAGUGCGGAGCUCUAGACAAAAAUAAAGAAUCGGGUGUUAUAAUUUCUAUAGGACCCCAAGAGUUCCCUCAGGAUCCCCUAUUACCACCAUCUAACCUUCCUUCCCAGCUCCACCGAGAGCAUUGGCGUGCUAUACGUACGCGAGAAAGUCGAGGCAAUCGGAUUCAGGAUUGGUACAACUAUCGUUUGAGCUCGAUGAAUAUGGGGCAACUUGUCAACAGCAUACAGCACUUAUUCGAAGAUCAAACCACCGUCUUUAAGUUAAAUCUCUCCUUUGGUUUCGUAUUAUUUAAUAACGAGACACAACAAAUGCAAUAUCACCACCCCUCAGCAAACAACAGCCGUGUCUUCGACUCCCCGUUCCAGAUUCGUGAUCGUGAAGAUUUAGCUCAAGUUCGCGAAACGAUACAAAACAUCGACAUUCAUGAAUGGGCUCGACAACAGCGACCUAAUUCCAAAUGGAUUGUCAUGGAUGUUACCAAUGUUACCUUCUACGUCACCAAACUUCGCGACCAUCCCAUAGGCCGCAGUGUCCGACUACCUAAAUACAUACUGGAGAGCCGUGCCAUCGUGUCGCUCGCCUGUAAUGAACAUACAGGACUACCAUACGAGGAUAAACUGUGCUUUUUCCGUUGUUUGGCCCUACACCGUGGUUUUCAUCCCCAUAACCUGGAGCGCGACACUCACUACUUCUAUGAGCAGUAUUCUCAAGAUGAUGAUUUUGACGGCGUGACACUGGAAGAACUCCAAGAGUUGGAAAAGUUAUUCGAGUUGAACAUUUUCGUGUAUCGCCCUACAGAGCUACAUGACGAAGAUGACGACACGACCUCCAUCGUGGCUCAACUCAUACAGUGCUCCCAUCGUAGCUACGCCAAUUCGAUGUACCUGAACCUCUACGGCAGUCACUUCAGCUAUAUUAAGAAUUUGGCGAUGUAUUCCAAGUCCUACUGUUGUUCCGAGUGUGACAAAAUGUGGAAGACAGCAAAAGCCUUGAACCAGCACGAGCGAACAUGCGAAGCAACUGUACGUCACAUCUUCCCUGGUGGUGCCUACUAUAGGAAGGUUAUUUUUGCACUUAUAUUCUUUAUAUUCUAAUAUAUCUUAUGUUUUAGCAAAAUACAGAGGAUCAGAUGAUAGAGGAAAUGGUGGGAUGUCUGAUGGGGCUGAAUAGUGAGGUAUAUAACAUAAGGUUUGAACUCAGCAGUGGUCUUUCCUGUGCUUACCAUAUGUAUACCUUUUAGGUGAGUGAAGAUGAAGACGAAGUGAAUAAAGAUAAACUCGUUGAAGAGAGAGUAAGUAUCACACUCGUGAUCGAUUUUAGCGGUUGUUAUAUAGAUUAGUAGGCCUGUGUAAGUAUCUUGCUUUUUACUUAUGACACCUUUUCAUUUAUUUAGGAUGUGGUCCAUCCUCUGCUCAAACUCCAAGAUAAAUUGUCAGAAUACUUACAAGAGCUACCAAUUCUUGGGUUCAACUCUGGUAAAUAUGAUAUUAACGCUGCGAAAAACCCCUUCUUUUCACAUCUCGUCAAAUACGAACAAGUUAAGUUUGUGAUAAAGAGGAACAAUAACCACAUGUGUCUUAAGACUCAACAUUUAAAAUUCCUCGAUAUCACAAACUAUCCGGCUCCGGGAUUUAGUUACGAACAGUUCCUCAAAGCGUACGAGUGCUCCCAGACCAAAGGCUACUUCCCGUACGAGUGGGUCGACUCCCUCGACAAACUCAAUCGUUGCUCCUUACCACCACGCGAAACCUUCCAUUCCACUCUAUCCGGAACCGACAUCACCGACGAACAGUAUGAGUAUUGCCAGGGUGUAUGGGACGAACAGAAUAUGACAACUUUCCGCGACUUUCUCGUGUGGUAUAACAACCUUGACGUAGUCCCCUUCCUUGAAGCAAUUGAUAAAAUGAGCAAUUUCUGGCAAGAAAGGAACAUUGAUAUGUUUAAGGACGGUGUGAGUGUGCCUGGCUUAACUAUGAAAUAUUUAUUUUCAAACAUUCCAGGCACCUACUUCUCCUUGUUCAGCGAGAAGGACAAGGAUAUGUAUUAUUCAAUGAAGGAUAAUAACGUAGGGGGCCCCAGCAUUAUCUUUAACCGGUACCACGAGAAAGAGAAAUCAUUCAUACGGAAGGAAGAAAUGCGAGCCACAGGAAAAGAAUCUGAACCCUGCAAAAAUGUAGUUGGUUACGAUGCCAAUGCGCUCUACUUGUGGGCCAUCAUGCAAGACAUGCUAACGGGGCAGUACACCAGACGGUUAGAGGAGGACGGGUUUAAGAAACUGUGA